AUGCCCAUCUCGGCCGGACCGGCGCACUCGGCAAGGACUUCUUCAGCUCUCGACGACACGGUCGGCGGCCCGUGCACGAGAAGGUGAGACCGAAUUGGCACGGGGUCCGGGCACUGCCCAAGCUCAUGAUAUCCAGAAGUGCUGAACUGAGUCUUGUCCGUGUACUCCGUCGACCUGCGACCUUGUCAUUCCUCCUCCUUCGCUUGAUAGACUGUCGCUCCGCUCAGCCUCUGCCAUUGUCCAGCGGCGCGAGUCAAACUCGCAGCCAAGCCCAGAGAUUGGCCACCGAUCAAGCUCUCCCAGUCAAUUGAAUGGUAGGAGUAUCUACCGCGCUGAACUACUAGAGUCCUCAAGAUCACGGUCAAACACUCCGAUACAUCGGGGCCCGUGCCCCCCUAAUCGAGUCAAGUCGAGCGAACUGUCCUCGCCGCCGGCUCCUGAGCAGCGGCGAACUAGCAAUCGCCGAUCCCCGAACAAGGCCGCUCGCGCCGACGACAUGGCACAAAGCUCAGAAUCGUACUGCUUACCAACACCAACACCCUCCCUUCAACAACUUGCUCCAACACAAAUCACCGCGGGUGGUAUCUCUCUCAUUUCCACCCCUGCUGCGGCGCCACAGGCCCCUACGGCGCUCGGUCCUCCUCUCCUAUCGUCGCCAAGCGCCGCUCUCUCUGCGAUCGAACUCGAGGAUCUCGAUAAGGACGAGCUCAUCACGCUGAUUAGGAAACAUUUACCGAACCGAGCAACUGUUCCCGAUAUCGACCCGGAGUCGUUGGACCGACUACGGCGCCCCAGUCCUCGCUCGUCUCGCGUUAGGAAGAGGGCCUCGGGUGCUCAGAACGCGUCGAUCCAGCACCUCGUCACGAGACUCGUCCCGGGUCAGAAAGAAUCGACGCUUUCGGCACUGACAAAAUCCGAACUGGCGCAAGGCCUCGUUUCCACCGACUCAUUGGUCAUCAACGUCUCAUCCCCUGAUGACCUUAUGGCAGUUGCGCCAAGCAUCCCCGAGACCAGCAAGGAGCGAGAGCAAUCCUCAGCUAUGGCUUCCAAGUCGCCGAAAAAAUCGGCCAAGCGAGAUCGCAACCAACCCCCUCGUCCUUCCAACCCUUGGAUUCUGUACCGCUCGGCACAGAUUCAGCGGCUUCGAGCCGACCCGCGGUUUGUCGAAACCUCACAAGGCGAAAUAUGUGAGCCAAGUGCCGGGUCAGCUCCCCCAUCUGCAUCCAUAAUGACCUAAUGAGAGAUCUCGUCUGUGCCCCAGCCAAACUCAUUUCCUACAUGUGGAGAGACGAGGACCCGCAAGUGCGGCUCAAGUACGAGCAGCUCGCAGCCGAAGCCAAAGCACGCCAUGCCGACAAGUAUCCUGGUGAGUCUCGGCCACUCAAUGUAACUGGAUUAGAAACUUGAACUCAAAAUUGAACUCUUCCUUCACCCCGGAUCACGUCUGCGUCCCUUCUAGGCUAUACGUAUCGACCGGCAAUACGUGUCCGCCGCAAAGCCGAAUUGGCUGCGGAUGGCAGCUCGCCGUCUUCCAGCGCCUCACGAUCGCGUCCUGGCGUAUCUGGGCCAUCGAAAGCACCGCAAUACCCCAACACCUCGAUCUUUUCACAUCCAACCGCGAUUGAAAUGCCCUCUCCACCUGCCUCCCCAACGACUCAAAGCUGGGAACAACUUACGAACGCAAGCUCGACCUCUAAUUGGCUUCAUUCGAUCCCGAGCACACCUGCAGCUCUUGACGCCAGUAUCAAUGACCUGCUCGCCUCAAUCAACAAGCAGAGUAAUAUUUAUUCUCCCGGAUACGCCAUUGAUCCCAUUUUCAACUGCGCCGACUGUGGAGACACAAGCUCAUCAUCUUCGGACGCCGACCUUGAAUCGCCAGCGUCGAGUGCCUUCACGUUCCGGGACCAUCUCGCACCUAUGUCGGCCCCCGCAGCCUUCUCCUUCUUUGACUUUGGUCUUGUUCCAUCGGCUUUGCGCCAAGCUACACCCAUUGCGACGGCUCCACUGUCGCCUGAGUGGCUGACUUGCACGCCACUCGCCAGCUAUCCGUCCACCAAAUCUUUCUCCAUCGCUAGCAAUAGUUCGAUGUCGAGCAGCUCACCAAGCCUGUACGAUGAUAACGGAGAAGAUCAAUUCGGCCUUCCCAAAUAAGACGAAUUUUCGAAUGGAUGGCUUUAUCCCAGUCAGGAAGCUUCUCUGACUCAGGAGACGGCCCAAGGUCGGACCGUGGCGAACGUUGGGCAUCACACGUUUCCCUCGUCAGGUUCUGGCGACGAUAUUAUGAUUCACGUUGACCAUAUUCGUCAAAGCGCUGAUGAUCAGGAGCGAUCCCCUGCAAAGUUUGUCUCUUCCCUGUUUGUAAAAAGUUCCGUCGAACCGAUUUAUGUCUGA